GUCAGAGACAUCGGCCUCAGCUGCAGGAGGGACGUGUCGAUGACGUCGUUAUGUUUUGUGGGUUUGUGUGUGUGUGGGUGAGUGAAGAUCGCUCGUUUAACUUCCCCUCAUAUCAGCCAUGCAUCCAUUUGUCUGUGUCUUCCCACCAUUGUGGUUAGGUCGUGACACGUUGGAUGGGUCCGUCUCGCAGACACUCAGACCCCACAAGGUGAAGGAAUACCAAAACAGCGGGCGACGGAAACGCACUGGCCACACCAAGAGAAACAAAAACUAAACGGCGGGCAGACACGCAGACAGACAGUGUGUGGAAAAAAGACCGGGCAAAACAGGCCGAGACACGAAAGAAAACUGCACGAAUAGAUGCAUUUGUGAUCCAAGCAGAGGAAACCAAAGGAAUCGACAUACUACAGCUGCCUACGGUGCCUCCACCCCACUCAGAAGCCAAUGUGGAAAUUGAAGCCGCCCCCGCCCCCACGGCCCCCCUGCCAGCCGAAUCCCGCCCCGGGACGGUUGAAGCCGGGCUGAUUGAAGCCGAAACCAGGCUGGUUGAAGCCACCACCGAAUCCGUGUCUGCACAUACAAGCGCACGGGUACACAGACCUGUUCAAUGUUCUUGCCUAGGUGCGCUACUGACGUACGGCUGUGGAUAGUUCUGAUCAGGUGCCGGCACGGCAACAAAGUGAGAUGUAAUACAUUCCAGUAUGUAUUGUGUACAAACGCGCAUUUUCUUUAUUUCCAUACCGGGUGGCCGGGGAACAAGUACGUCGUUGUGUGAUGGAAGUUGUCUUCGAUGGUGGCCUCGAAAACACCGCUCUGGCCCUUAUCGGAGAAGCCCUUCUCAACUCUCUGCAUAGAAUAGAGAAAGUGGGCAGCCGAGCACACGGCGAGCAAGUGACACGACCAUGUGGCUAGCUUCCUGUUUGUCCGUUGUUUACUCACAGUAUUGGCAGCGAGGCAGUAAGACCCCUGUUGGCUGAGCAGUGGCAUUAUCUGUGUAACGCACUUGGAUCUGAGGAAGGCACUCUCACAUUCGCCUUCGCCGAUAAAGACGUCAUCAAAACUGCCGGAAAACGGCUCGCUCUUCCGCUCGAUUUUCUCGACCACACAUACGUCGUCUGGGCACAUCCAGGAUGAACACACAGCAGGUGUGUGCACGAUUGAGUAAUUGCAUGGUUCAUACUUUGAUUUUUGCAUUUGCCGAAGAUCGCCUUGCUGUAUCUCGCCCCCUGCUGGAAGCUGGUGUCAUGUGACGUCGCCCCACUGAACACCACCUCGCAGUCCCCAAAACCUUCAACCACACACACACACACACGGACACACACACACACACACACAAACAGAGAGAGAGAGAGUGUUGGGGGGGCCCCGACAGACACCUCCACCUGCUUUGUUUCCGGUCUUGAUAGUCUUGGCGAUGCGGCCAAUACGCUGAUCGGCCCACUCGAGCUGUCGGUCUAAGUUGAGUAUGGCGGUCUUGGUUGUGGCUAUCUCUUCCUUGAGCUGGACCAUCGCAGCGGAUGCAACUGCACCACACACAGGCACAUACACGGCCAUUCCCUGAACCGCCAAGCGUCCCUGCAUACCUUUGCUGGCGGUGUUUUCAUUAGCGGCGCGGAUCUCCUGACUACGGCCCACAAACGACGCACCUGCACACAGCGGACGGACAGGUCGAACGAACGGCCGCACACGUCCAUAGAUCUCACAGAUAGAGAGGUCCGCCCACCGUAUGUGUCGGUAUUGCAGUCCUUCCCCUCGCAGUCGGAACCAUGGCUUCCCUCGCCCACCAACGCCUCUGCAGCCAUAGAUCAGCCAUCCAAAUGGACAAAAGACCACCGAAAACAAAAAGAAUGGGCAGACCUGCCAUGGUGCAUGGUCCCUUCGGUGCGCGUGUGUCCCCCCUCUGCUUACGUCGGCCAUAGUUGCGCUGGGCCGCCAGCAGCGGCUGCACAGCGGCAGCGAGCCCGACCACCAGGAUGAUGCCGAGGCCGAAACGACGCAUCACCAUCAUCGCCAACGGCUCAGCAAACGUCGCAGACGAUGGGUCCACUCGGCGGCUGGCAGAAUUCGUUGGGGAUUGGAAAUGGGUGUUCUUCUUCAGGGACCGUAAAACAAGCCCCCCGGGGUCCUUCCUGGCCGUGAACGCCCGCGAAGGUGUAGGAGUGUGAUGUGGUUCGUCCCGCACCGACAAGAUCUCCGCCACACCGCAGGCCGCUGACACGUACAGGUGCACGUGGGUUGUGCACACACACAUAUCCAUGACACACACACACACAGGGCUGGGAGGCCGGGAAAUGACUGCUGGUGGGAUGGGCUGUCUGUGUACGGCGGUUGGGGGGAUGGCCUUGCGUGUGUGAGAAGUGGGUAUGCCGCAGGGAGGGUAUCGACGGCCCCCUGGGUGGUUUUGGGGGGUGACGUGCGAACCUAUGGCUUGGUAGCCAUCAUGACCGGGCUGGC